AUGCUAUUUAUUUAUGUGUCCGUCUCGCCUACGAACGCACCCUCGCUGCUACUCUGUCCGUCUCUGCCCGUAUCCGCCCGUCUCGCCUACGCCGUCUCCGCCCGUAUCCUCCCUCCGCCGUCUCCUCACAGAUCCGCCGUCUCCUCGCAAAUCCGCCGCCGGCUGCACGAAGACGGAGGUGUUUCUCCAGCCGUCACACUGCCGCCGUCUUCGCCGUCUUCGAAACCUCCUCCGCCGUCCAACUACGAUUCAGUGAUUGGUGGUUUUUUGGGUUUCUCUAGUAACCAUUUUAUCAAGAGAUUGGAAGGUAGUAAUGUUAAUGGUUGGAUUGAUUCAAUGAGAGCUGCUUCUCCAACUCGUGUCAAAUCUUCGAAAAAUUACCAAGAAAAAUGUUCAUGGAUUCUUUAUCAUCCUUCAGCGCUGAAACUAUUUGAUCAAAUAUUGUUUUGUUCUAAAGGAAAACAGAUUAUGUUUUUUCUCGACUACGAUAGAACUCUCUCUCCUAUUGUUGCUGAUCCAGAUAAAGCUUUCAUGACUAGAAAGAUGAGAGGAACACUUAGGGAUGUAGCAAAAUAUUUCCCUACAGCAAUUGUGACCGGAAGGUGCAGAGACAAGGUAUUUAACUUCGUAAAAUUAGGAGAGUUGUACUAUGCAACAAGCCAUGGUAUGGACAUCAUGGGACCAACAAAAAACUAA